GUCCAUUCUCAUUCCCAGCUGUGAAAAUUCAGGGCUUGGUCUAUCUACUUCUAGAGCUAUUUCCCGUCUUGAUAGCCAUGCACAACUCUUGAAGACUUCUCCGCUCAAGAUCUGGUGAUGCUGAAGCCGAGUUGGUUUACCAACAUAUUCGCCAUCAGAGACACAAGCGUUGCCAUGCAUGCCGUAAGUGGAUAUUCAGCUAGACUAGGACCAGAAGUUGCAAGCAUCGGAACAAUAUGUUUGGAAUUCGCUCAGGCGAUAGAGCGUCACACUGGUAACGAGUGCCCUGGAAGAAGACCGUGGAGCAAGUUUGAGUUCGAUGCCGUGGGAGUCCGUGGUAUUAUUUGGUGGUGCCGAAACUAAAGCGAGGGAUUGGAUCUUUCACGGAUACUGACCGACUGAAAGCAAGAAUGUUUCUUCCAACAUGCGAUCAUAUCACUUACCACUAGUUACCAGGCAACCUGGAUAGAUGGGCAUGACACAAAGGCAUCCCAAGAAACCAUGUGCUCUGCCAAACAUGCAUAUCCGUAGUAUGAUGUUGCUGCCUAUUCCUUCACGACAGACACUUUCAUUCCCCAGGCGGCGUUAUACGCAUCUCGACGAGCCGG